CCCCUAAUCAUAGCAGUGAGGACGGACUGAGAGAUUAACUACUAAAAGCUUGCAAAAGCAUAUUGUCUUAAUACCACAACUUAGUGGAACAGAGCUAAGCUUGUUGUUUUCUGAAAAUGGUGGGCCUCUCGUCUACUGUUGAAACAGGUAUGGAGCACCUGGUGAAGGAGCUGAGUCUGCUGCUGAAACUGCUGGAGAAUGAGAGUGUGAGUUCAGCCACAGCAGAGAAGAUGUGCGUGGUGCGGAACCUGGUCAAACAGCUGCAGCCAUCUGUGAAUGGAUCUGACUUUUUAUACAUGAACACAUCUCUCUAUGGAAAUGGUACCAGCUUUGUUGAAUCAUUGUUUGAAGAAUUUGGCCAGUUUUUAUAUUUAUCCUCAGAUUGUGACCUGCAGGAAUUAAGGGACUCCUCUGAGGAGAUAAAAGAUGUGGAGCAAAAAGAGACAUCCAAACACCUUCCCAAACAAUCGAGUCCUACAGACACACCUCCUCCCCUUCCUACCACACCUCCUCCUGAUGAUUACUAUGAAGAAGCCGUACCACUCGGACCGGGCACAAUGCCCCAGUAUAUAACCACACGCAGCAACUCCAGCCCUCCAAACUCAAUAGAGGAUGCUUAUUACGAAGACGCUGACAACAAUUACCCAACAACCCACCUGAAUGGGGCCUCCAAAAACUCCUAUAAUGAUUCAGAUGCGCUUAGUAGUUCCUAUGAGUCAUAUGAUGAAGAGGACGAGGAAGCUAAAGGCAAAGAGAGGAUGCACCAGUGGCCCUCAGAAGAGAGUCCCGUGGGCCAAAUGAAAGACUGUCGCAAAUGUGCUUUUAUGCUGCGCAAAAAACGCUUUGGUCAGUGGGCUAAGCAGCUAACGAUCAUCCGCGAGAACAGACUUCAGUGCUUUAAGAAUCCCAAAGAUCGUUCUCCACAUGUUGACAUCCCCCUGAAUCUCUGCAAUGUCAUCUAUGUGCCUAAAGAUGGACGUCGAAAGAAGCAUGAGCUUCGUUUCUCCAUUCCAGGAGGAGAAGCUCUAGUGUUAGCUGUACAGAGCAAAGAACAAGCUGAGAGCUGGCUCAAGGUCAUUCAGGAAGUUUGUAAUCUGGCAAGCAACACUAAUGGAAAAGAGAGUUCGUCCUCUCCUAUGAUACUGCGAAAACUAGAGCUGGAGAAGAUGAUGUCACCAGAUAAACAUACUUCAGAUUCUGACAGUGGAGCAAAUGGAGACAUUACACAAGAAAGCUGUGAGAAUGGGAAGGGCAGGAAGGGGACAUUCUCUGAGUUGACUGGAUCUAUGAGUCGAGCUGCUGGCAGGAAAAUCAACCGAAUCAUCAGUUUCUCCAAAAAGAAGCCACCCCUGCCAUGCGAGACCAACACGUUCUCCCAUCUAGAUGACAAUCCCCGUUGUGGCUACUUGAAUGUUCUGGUGAACCAGUGUUGGAAGGAGUGCUGGUGUAGUGUGAGAAAUGGAACUCUUUAUCUCCAUAAGGACAGAGGGGACAUUCACACCCAUGUUAACUUUAUAGCCCUUCAUGGUGUAGAAGUCUUACCUGGUCUUGGGCCCAAACACCCUUUUGCCUUCCGCAUCAUGCGAGGGAGUACAGAAGUGGCAGCUUUGGAGGCAAGCUGUUCUGUAGAGAUGGGCCGCUGGCUGGGGGUUCUGUUGGCAGAAGCAGGCAGUGCCACCACCCCUGAGGCACUGCAUUAUGACUAUGUGGACGUGGAUACUAUCAGCAGCAUCCAGAACGCAGCACGACACUCUUUUCUCUGGGCGACCUCCUCUAGCAGCGUCUCCACAGACCCGCGGACUUAUGACGAAGUUCCCUAUGAAAGUGUACUGGUCGACGAGACACAAUCUAAACUGAAGCGUUAUUCCUCUAUGUCCAGUGUAGAUACUGCAAAGGUUGACACACAGGUCAUAGUGAAGCGACAUGGUUCCUCUGUGAAUCAUAAUCGUAAAUAUGGAAAGAUAAGGGCAGAGGAAGAUGCAAGGCGAUAUCUCACUGAGAAAGAGCAGCUAGAGAAAGUAAAAGAAAUUAUCAGGAAGAGCCUGCUUUCACUACGCAGAGAAAAGAAGGAGGUGAAGGAAAGGCUGAAAGAUGCAACAGUAUGUGUGUAUGCAUCAGAUAAGCAUCAGAAAGCCAUGGAGCAGCAACUGGCCCAGCUGGAAGAAAGCUGUCGUCAGAAGGAAGCUGAGCGUGUGGACCUAGAGUUGCGGCUCACGGAGGUAAAGGAGAAACUGAAGAAGUCUCUGACUGGAGGAAUAUUGGGCGCACCUGUGGAAUUAGCCCCCAUAAAGGUCUCUGUUAAGAAAAAGGAACAUGUAUACAGUGACACAACUUUACCUGUCAACUGUUCAUCUGAAAUAAAGAAACGUUCCCCAUCUAUCUAUGCAUCCACCAAAGGAAAUGUCAUGCAGAAAGCUAAGGAAUGGGAGUCAAAGAAGGGGAUGUAAUUAUACCGCUGUUGUCAAGGUUGUCUGAGGAUCCGUGGUUUGGCUGCCUUCAAGUUACAAAGUGUUAAAGCAAAAACAAAGAGCAAGUCAAAAGGAGAGAUUGCAUACAUGAAGGCUCUGUUUGUCCAAACAUUGCACUUAUUUUUUUUUUUAAUUAUUUGAGAGGACAAUAAAACAACCGUGUUAAGGAAAUUUUGCUCAUAUAUUUGGUGGUAGUCUGUAUGUGAAUAAAAAUGAAUGAUAAACAAUCGCAUAAAAGACAAUAAGGAUAAGGGAAUUUUUCAGAAACAACGUGUUUUGUAAACAUCUGUCUGUUAAUAUAGAAGGUGAAAUGUGUGCCUGACUUACAAUUCUGUGAAAUUGUUGUUUUAUGCUUUAACCAUUGGAUAUUGGUUCCUGUUUAUUUCUAUGUGCAGUACUGAGAUAAAGUGUAAACAUUUUUGUAUGCUAUGUAAAACUGAACUACAUUCAAAGGAUUACCCCCUUUGUUAAACACAAGGGCACUUAUUUUACCAAAUUUAUUUAUUUCGACUUUGUAAAUAAAUCCAGUUUAAUGGAAAUGUUUUAUUUUUAUUUUAUUUUAUUGUAACAGUAA